AUGAGCCAAUCGAGUCAAAUCUUCAAAACAACCAUGAACUUUAUGGAAAUUGAUCGAAAGAUUCAAACAACGGCUCCCUGGUCACUUUUCAAUCAGAUUCGAUACUGCAAAAACUUAGAACUUGACUUGGCAAGAAUUCUGGAUAAAGCUGACGCUUUGGACUUACUUCUUUUCAUUUCCUAUGUCGUCAGAAAUCUUCGAGGAGUCGGAAAUUUCCGUUUCUUGUCAACCAAGGAAGCACUUGAGUGCUGCCAAUUUUUGUCAAUCAUUGAAAUUACGGACAAUUGGGUGUCAACUAUUGGGGAAACGAGUUACUGGAAAGCUCUUCCAUCAAUCACAAGGAAGGAAGAGAAAGAAGAGGAUGAACUCGAUGCAAUGAUUCCUCAAUUCUUGAAUUACUUCAAUAUUUCUACUCUGAAAAUCUACUUCGCUUACCAUCAGACAUUGGACUUUGUUUGGGAAAAACUUGUGGAAUCGAAUGUUCAGGUGGUUUUGAAUGAAACGAGGGAAUGGGAGUACUUCAAGAGAAUCGUUUCCAAUGUCUCCAGUGAGUCACUGCCAAGCAAUUUUUCAACUCCAGCUCUCGGAAUUCAUUUUGAAUACUAUUUCCAGCUUUGCUCAGCUAACGCACAAAGUCCCUUUGAAACGAAUCCGUACUCGUUUUUGACAGGAAUCCUUCUGAACUCAAAUGAAAUCAUUGAAAAAGAUGACGAAGCUCAACAACUUUAUCAAUUCUUUACUGAAACUCUUCAUGAAAGUUACAGAAAAACUUAUCUCACAGGAAUGUACAAUCAAGUGAUUUUGAGUAAAACCUCAACUUUCAAGGAGCAAGCAUUUUUCAGGAGAAAAAUCUCUGAGAAUCGCUAUUCUAUUUCGAUGCUGGCCUAUGAUGAACGAGAUGGACUGGGAAAUGGAUUGCAUGGAGACAAACAUUUGUGGUUCUACGUGAAGCACUUCGAGAAA